AUGGCUACACAAUCGAGAGACCCAAUCACUUGCCACGUUCUUGACACAACGACUGGUCGUCCUGCAGCCAAUCUCUCGGUCACUCUAGUCUGCUGCACCAUUCCCAAUGUCAUCUUCCACUGCAAGACAAAUGCUGACGGACGGAUCCUGAACUGGCAAAACACGCAAGGCUCUCAGGGAGAGCUUGGCGCCCAUUAUGCUGCAGUCGAAGGAACACCAAACUGCCCAGUGGGAUCGAGUAUUUGGAAGCUGAAAUUCGAUACGGGUGCACACUAUGGACCAGCCAAUACCUUCUUUCCUGUCGUGGAGUUAUCGUUUCUGGUCAAGGAGGGCGAGCAUUUCCAUGUCCCUCUGCUGCUGGCUCCAUACAGCUUCACCACGUACAGAGGAAGCUAG